AUGUACAAUUAUCGUAUCAUCCAAUGGAAGAAAGAUGGUACGGCGAAUGGACAAGUUGUUGCUGGCGGUAAAGGCGCAGGAAAUGGGUUGAAUCAAUUGAAUUCUCCAACUGACUCUCGUCGUAGUGGUACAACACAAGGAGAAAUCCUUAUCGACAACGUCGCUUGUUAUGGAUUGACUAUGGACGAUCAGAGAUAUCUCUACGUCUCUGACGAACUAAAACAUGAAGAAAAACGAUAUCAAUUGGGAGAGAAGAAUGGCACUGUCGUAGCUGGUGGUAAGGGCCAAAGUGCUGGACUCAGUCAAUUCAACUGUCCGAGUUAUCUCUUUGUCGAUCGACAACAAAAUGUCUACGUAUCAGACAACGAGAGUCGUCGUGCAAUGAAAUGGGCUAAAUGUGCAAAAGAAGGUAUUGUAGUCGCUGGAGGCCAAGGCUUCGGGAAUGCUCUGACACAAUUGUAUCGUCCGCAUGGACUCUACGUCGAUGCGUUGGACUCAAGGAGCAAAACAAGGCACUGUAAUUGUGGGUGGAAAGGGCCCAGGAGCAGGAGUCAAUCAGCUCGACUUCCCCUUCGGUUUGUCUUUCGAUAG